AUGAAGAGAAUCUACGUUGAUUAUCCCACAAGCCGUGACAUCCUUAUGAGGACAAAUGGAGUAACACACCGCUACAACCAACGUUACGAGCGCAUUCUGGCAUCGUGUGUCGAGGAAUAUAGCAAAGCGGCAGACAAAUUCGAGUUCCGUAGUGCACUUUACCUCAAACUUCAGGCUCUCGAUCUUCCCAUGCGAUUCCUUCAAUAUGACAAUACAGCUGAGAAGUACUUCGCUGUGACAGAGACUGGAAUGGGGAUUACUUUCCACAAGGUGGCGAAGAAGCUGAGCGAGAGAGGGACGACGAAGACGAUUUCUGCAAUCUAUGUGAACGAAGUCACGGCCUCUGACAUCCUCUUUUGGGACGACGGAUUCGAAAACAAAUCACAUACCGGCAAUCUACUCUUACGUCGAAUGCUGGAACCAAAGGUCAAGGCUUACCAAAGCACAGAACACCAAUUUGAAAUGUGUUCCAAAGUUUUCUGGCAACUGAAGAAAGAAAACUCUUCCACCCGCUUCUUGCGACGGUGUGGUGAGAAACAAAAGUGCUGCCUUUGCAACAAGGAAUACUCUGUUUGGAGGAUUCAAAUUAUUCUUGAGGGCAUGGCCAUUGCGGAUUGCCCCCCUGUCAACAACAACAGACAUGAUAAGCUUUCAAAAGAGGUUUUCACCAUGGACAAGGAGAUCCCUAUGCAACCCCUAGCUACAUCCACAGGGCCUUCCGGAGAAAAGGGUAUAAAGGUUUCAAAAAGUGCUUGUCGGAGGAAGCGCCGUAAAGUGAUGAAGGAACAAAUUGAGGCUAGGAACCUGAAGGAACAGACAGGGAAAAAUAAUAGUAUGGCAGCUGCUGAAACUUCAAAAGCUCAGAAUGUACUAAAGACGGGAUUGCAGAGUGCAGCGCAGAAUAAGCGUACCAUGCUUUGCAACGAAAAUGAUUGUCACAACGCGAAUCUUCCAAACCCGACCAAAUGUCCUUUUCCACGAGCUGCCCUCACUCAAGCUCGAGAAAUCGUCAAACUCCUUUCGAAACCGACCAAUGAUUCAUUGACUCCGCCUGAUGCAGUUCUGCCAAUGAGAUGCAACGACUCAGGACAGAAGCAUCUUCGCAGUGGUUUGGUGAAGAUGGAAAUUGACGAGACGAAGAAAUCGUUGCAAGCGCGACAAAAGCAAACGGUGGCGCUUUCUGAAUCAAGUCCCACUACCGUUAUGAAGUCUUUACUUCCAACUGCGAAGCAAAUUCAAGCGGUAUACGCGAAUCCAAAACAAUUAGUUUCCCCCCUUCUUCAAGUCAUUACUCCUGGGCAACAUCCUUUUGCAGAUCUAGCCUCUGUGAACAAGGUGCCACGUGGCUUUGAAAAGAAUGUGACUAUUUCAAAGCCACAACCACAAGUUGCAGUGAAAGAGGAGGACCGAGAUGACGUCGUAAGCCAAUACAACCAUCGGUUUGACGAAUUUCGCGAAGUGUCCCCAAGAGUGUACUGCCUUUGA